GGUCAAGGGGGCGGGGCCGCGCAGGCGCCGUGAGCGGCGGUAGCGGCGGCGGCGGUGUUAGCGGCAGCAGCUGUACGGGGGUUCCGGGAAGAUGGUGCUGAUUAAGGAAUUCCGUGUGGUUUUGCCCUGUUCUGUUCAGGAGUAUCAGGUUGGGCAGCUUUACUCGGUUGCAGAAGCUAGUAAGAAUGAGACUGGUGGUGGAGAAGGCAUUGAAGUCUUAAAGAAUGAACCUUAUGAGAAGGAUGGAGAAAAGGGACAAUACACACACAAAAUUUAUCACCUUAAGAGCAAAGUUCCUGCAUUCGUGAGGAUGAUUGCUCCCGAGGGCUCCUUGGUAUUUCACGAGAAAGCCUGGAACGCAUACCCCUACUGUAGAACAAUUGUAACGAAUGAAUAUAUGAAAGAUGAUUUCUUCAUUAAAAUUGAAACAUGGCACAAACCAGACUUGGGAACAUUAGAAAAUGUACAUGGUUUAGAUCCAAAUACAUGGAAAACUGUUGAAAUUGUCCACAUAGAUAUUGCAGAUCAAAGUCAAGUUGAACCAUCAGACUACAAAGCUGAUGAAGACCCAGCACUGUUCCAGUCAGUCAAGACCAAGAGAGGCCCUUUGGGGCCCAACUGGAAGAAGGAGCUGGCCAGCAACCCUGACUGUCCUCAGAUGUGUGCCUAUAAGCUGGUGACCAAAUUCAAGUGGUGGGGGCUGCAGAGCAAAGUAGAAAACUUCAUUCAGAAGCAAGAAAAAAGGAUAUUUACAAACUUUCAUCGCCAGCUUUUUUGUUGGAUUGACAAGUGGAUUGAUCUGACAAUGGAAGAUAUUAGGCGAAUGGAAGACGAAACUCAGAAAGAACUAGAAACAUUACGUAAUCAAGGCCAAGUGAGGGGAACAAGUGCAGCCGGUGACGAGUGAGGAAGAAUCUGACCAGGAUCUUGCAGCGUUGGCCUUUCCUAGACAUGUGCUUGUGAUCAUGUGCUCAUGUGCACAGGUUCCCGACCACGUGUGUAUAUAUGUUCGUGUGUGUAUGUCUGUAGCUGUAUAUAAAAUGCAUGUAGAGCUACAGAUCCAAAUACAUACACUUGUGUAUAUGUACAUAGAAACAUACUGAAGGGAUUAAUACAAUUUCUCCAAAGUACUGUACCUAUCUUCAGCAAGAAUGCAAAAGAAAAUAUUUUCAAUAUAUAGCUGAAACAGAUUUUAAUAAUCAGAGUAAUACCAUUCAUUAAUGGACAAAUUGACUGCAAUGUAAUACUAGCUAGUAUGUUUCAUAAAUGUCAAAAUUGUGGACCAAUAUAUAUAUAUAUACAUAUAUAAAAUAGCCUUUUAUUACUUUUCUGUUCUUUUAAAUCGAUCUCUUACAAAUUUUUAUUUUAGUCUCAUAAGCAAAGACUCCCACAGAAAAAUUUAUUCAAAAUCUUUUAGUAUUCCAAUAAUCUGGAAUAUAAACUCUGAGUGUGUAUACAACGACUUAUUUCUGGAUGGUCAUUACAGCCAAAUUGGGUAAUAGCCAUUAGAAAGGAAUAAAGUUUAGGCUAGUUUUUACUUGUUUGCCCUGAGGGACAAAAUCCUUUUUUUAAAAAAAAAAUCUGGUUUUUAUUGGAUAUUUGUAUUUUAAAUUUCAAGUAUUUUUCUACAUCAGACAUAGCAAAAAAAAUGGAGAUGAUGAUUUUGUGCUGUAUAUUAAAUGCUACACAAUUUUCAGGCUCCUGUUAGGCAAACAAAGAAAUUGAUGAGGAAAUUAAUAGCAUUGUAAGCUGUUUAGAAAAUUGGAAGUACAGUGCUUCCAUGGAGUCUUGCUUUAGAAAAGCCUGUCUUCUGAAAUCACAACUCGGAAACUAUGCAAAUGAUCUGGAUCCCUCACAGCUUACACGAUAGGCUAUAGAUAAUGAUGCUGUUUUGCUCUGUUCAUGUUGAAGCAGUUUUAAGGAGGAGAUGCUGACUUUGAAAUAGGAAACAUUUAAGAGGCAGCAUGAGGUUUGCCUGCGCCAGGUUGGGAGGCCCCGCGGAGGGGCCGGUGCACCUCCACCCACUUGGCUGUGCCUGGAAGUCGGGUGUCAUUAGAACAUACCCCGGAUGAAUAGGCAUCAUGUAAACCGCUGGUUAGAGGGUAAAGCUGCUGCCAUCUUUUUGUUUGAAAGAAGAGACUGAACGCUAGGGAAGAAUUCCAUCAGCUUCCUCUGUCCACAUCCAGUUUUUCUCCUGUCAGUCCUGGAAGCUUGAAUGGAAUGAUCCGGUUGAAGCCUUCAGGUCACCAACUGUCUUCUUUACCCCCCGUCCCUCCUUCAGCACACCCCCCCUGCAGUCAGCUCACGUUAGUGAUCUGAUUUGCUGCCCGUCCUGCCCCCGCUGCCUGUCCGGCCCCCGCUGCCCGCUGCUCUUUUCCCCACACGUCCUGUGCUGCCGCCCAAGUGUAGUGACUCAGACUGGGGUGCUUCUGCAUUGCACUGCCCCGUUGGCCUCGACUACAAGCCCACGCUGCGCAUGUCCGCCGCGUACUCAGGAUCAAGACUGAUGUUUACUCUCUGAGCAAGCACUGCUGUAAAGUAGGUUCUGUCAACAUAUAAUCAUUGUCUGCAAAGUGUCUGAUGCGAGGAAGAUGAUUGCUAAUUUCCUGAAAUAAAGAGUCUCAUCCUCUCCUCUUAAUGAACUUAACUCUCACUGGCAUCUGCAGCAUCUUCGGAGCCUGGGCGCACAUGGCAGCGAGCGCCCCGCGCGUGGGCUUUAAUGUUUCUCUAACAACUGUGGAGA